AAUCUCAUUCCCACGCAUCAUAUAUAAAUGCAAUUUGCCUCAUGUCUUGAUCACAAACCAUGGAGCUAAUGAUGAUCAAGAAGCACCACAUGGUCCUCCUAGCUCUCGUCAUGUCCAUUCAACAUGAUUGGGCGGAUGGCGCCUCAAGAACAAGAGAAUGGCGCAACCUUGUCAACUCGCCGGCAUUGCCACCAUACCAAGACGUGGUAGGAGGAGGCGGGCCUCCAACUCCGGCACACGACGUUCAGCCGUCGCCGCCGUACUGCACGUACCCUCCCCCCGCCAAUCCCACCUCACCGGCGGCGCCGUCGAUGCCCCCUCCAGCGGGUGCGCCGCCACCGUCCACGUCACCGGUCGGCAGCCCCAGCCCGCCAGCCAACUCGCCGGCGAGCCCCCGCGCGGCCCCUCCGGCUGGUGCUCCACGGGCGGGAGGCCCGGCAGCCAUCGGUGCGCCGCAGGGGCUGUGGUGCGUGGCGAACCCGACGGUGGAGAGCGUGGACGUGCAGGCGGCGAUGGACUACGCGUGCGGGUCGGGCGCGGACUGCGGCAUGGCGGCGCCCGGCGAGCCGUGCUACCUUCCGAACACUCUGAUGGCGCACGCGUCCUUCGCCUUUAACAGCUACUGGCAGCGUAACAAGGCCGCCGGCGGCACCUGCGACUUCGCCGGCUCCGCCAUGCUCAUCACCAAAGACCCCAGUUAUGAUGAGUGCCGGUACGUGUACAUGUGAUUGGACCGGAGCUCCUCCGAGAAGUGCAAAUGAUUUCCAAGAUUACUGUGCAACAAAAUUAAUCGAUAACCACAUGUGUUCUGCAUGAUGUAUUGAUGUAAAUGCAUCGUUUUUAUUUUUGCAUGGUUGCACACCCUGGAAUGUCGUGGUUACAUGAACAUUUCAACUUUUUUUUCAAAAAAAGUAUCUUUUAUGGUUUAAGUAAUGCACACAAUUUACUAGUCUCACAUGCAUUUGAAUAAAAACUAUAGCCAUUAAUUUGAGCUAUAAAACAAUAGUUAUAUUUCACACAAAAAAAUAUAUCAUUAGAUUCACAUUCAAGUGAAGUUCUAACCCGUAUUUUCUUGACCUCAAUGAUCAAAGAAAUUGUUGAAAUGCAUGUGAUACUUAUAAACCAACAUAAACCCGAUCGGAUAAAAUGUCAUGUCUUUACCAUAUGAUCCACCUCAAGGAACACCAAUUUAGUCUCGUUUGUUUAUUCUAAAUGAUAACAUGAUUUUAAUAUUAUUAAAAA